AUGGGAAAAAGUGUGGGAUGUGAGUGUGAGAUCGGAGGGACCACUCAUGUUUUGUUUCUUCUCCUCCUCCUGUCUCCAGCACUUCUCUAUGCCACCAUCUUCGGGAAUGUGACGACCAUUUUCCAACAGAUGUACGCCAAUACCAACAGGUACCAUGAGAUGCUCAAUAGCGUGCGGGACUUCCUGAAACUCUACCAGGUGCCGAAGGGAUUGAGUGAGCGAGUCAUGGAUUAUAUCGUGUCCACCUGGUCCAUGUCCAGAGGGAUUGACACAGAGAAGGUCCUGCAAAUCUGCCCCAAGGACAUGAGAGCUGAUAUCUGCGUGCACCUGAACCGUAAGGUGUUCAAGGAACACCCAGCAUUCCGGCUGGCCAGUGACGGCUGCCUGCGGGCACUGGCCAUGGAGUUCCAGACGGUGCACUGCGCCCCAGGAGACCUCAUCUACCAUGCAGGAGAGAGUGUCGACAGCCUCUGCUUUGUGGUCUCCGGCUCCCUAGAGGUGAUCCAGGACGACGAGGUGGUGGCCAUCCUAGGGAAAGGAGAUGUGUUUGGAGAUGUGUUCUGGAAGGAAGCCACUCUUGCCCAGUCCUGUGCCAACGUUAGGGCCUUGACCUACUGUGACCUGCAUGUGAUCAAACGGGACGCCCUGCAGAAAGUGCUGGAGUUCUACACGGCCUUCUCUCACUCCUUCUCCCGGAACCUCAUUCUCACCUACAACCUGAGGAAGAGGAUCGUAUUCCGAAAGAUCAGCGACGUGAAGCGGGAAGAGGAGGAACGCAGGAAACGGAAGAAUGAGGCCCCCCUGAUCUUGCCCCCAGACCACCCUGUCCGGCGACUCUUCCAGAGGUUCCGACAGCAGAAGGAGGCAAGGCUGGCAGCAGAGAGGGGGGUCCGGGACCUGGAUGACCUGGACGUGGAGAAGGGCAGUGUCCUCGUGGAGCACGCCUCGGCCAACCACAGCCUCGUGAAGGCCAGUGUGGUCACUGUCCGCGAGAGCCCCGCCACGCCCGUGUCCUUCCCCACGGCCUGCACCUCAGUGGUGUCGGACCACGCCAAGCUUCACGCGCCCGGGGCCGAGUGCCUGGGCCCCAAGGGCGGUGGGGGCGACUGUGCCAAGCGCAAAGGCUGGGCCCGCUUCAAAGAUGCUUGCGGGAAGGGUGAGGACUGGAACAAGGUGUCCAAGGCCGAGUCCAUGGAGACGCUUCCCGAGAGGACCAAGACAUCAGGGGAGGCCACACUGAAGAAGACAGACUCAUGCGACAGCGGCAUCACCAAGAGCGACUUGCGUCUGGACAACGUUGGCGAAGCCAGGAGCCCCCAGGACCGGAGCCCCGUCUUGGCGGAGGUCAAGCAUUCUUUCUACCCCAUCCCUGAGCAGACGCUGCAGGCCACCAUCCUGGAGGUGAAACAUGAGCUGAAGGAGGACAUCAAGGCCUUGAACAACAAAAUGACAAGUAUCGAGAAACAGCUCUCUGAGAUACUCAGGAUAUUAACUUCCAGAAGAUCCUCUCAGUCUCCUCAGGAGCUAUUCGAAAUAUCGAGGCCCCAGUCCCCGGAAUCAGAGAGAGACAUUUUUGGGGCGAGCUGAGAGGUCUGUUAAAAAAAAAAAAGUCAAAGACAAAAACCGACCACCCUGCCCGAGACGCCACCCCACCACACACACCUACAUGACCAACAACUUGGAAAGUAGGCUUUUCCCGACAGAAAAUCUAAGUGGGACCAGUCACUUAGGCACACACUCUCUCUUGUUCUCCAACUGGGAAAAGAUACGGGAAGAGAAGUGUGCUGCCACCCUGCAGGACGGCAGCUCCACCUGAACUGUCUUUGCACAAUUUUGGAAGAGGGGGCGCGUGCUGUCUAAAGGGUAUUUUCCUUCCUUUUUAAUUUUUUACUGCCAUGAUAUUUGUAAAAGAUGAAAGCUACCAGAAAAGAGUAGCAGCCAUUUGGGGAGUCGUGGGAGAGCACCAGGAACCCCUCCUGUAUAUACUAUGCUGGGCUCUGUCGCCAAGACCCCCAAAGCCUGCUAUGGGCACAGGGAUUUCCCAGCAUUCCCUGUCCUUGUACAGCCUGUGUCUGAUGUGACCGUAUAUUUUCCUACAGUCAUCAUUUGUAACAAGCUUGGGACAAGGGGACAUGGAGGGACAGGGAGUGCAGAGCCUUUCAACUUUCUGUCUCUAAUGGCUGAGGCCAAAAAGCAGCUGAGGUGCUGUGGGUGCCUCCCAUAGACACUGAGAGCCAGGAAUCCUCAGGUCCUCUUUCCCCAAAGAGGUGAGCCAAGUGUAAGAGCUGCAGAGGGGCCCUUGGGAUCCAGAGAUUCUCCACAGCCCGCUCCGAUGGGAUGGCCAGCGGGGAGGGCUCUGGAGGUCCCGGAUGAGUCUCUGGCCUUGCUCCAUGCCACUGGCCUCAUCGCACACGCCCCUGUGCUUCUUUCCCUUCUCAGUCCCUCUCCCACGCGUUCUUGUGACAUUCCUCAGGGUAUGGGGUAUCAGCAGCAAGGGUGACGAGCCCAGAGUUGCUUUAUUAGCAAAGCAGACACACACACACACACACACACACACACACACACACACACACACACACAGAACCUCAGAAAAAUGAAUGUAGCAAUUGCUAUGUUUAUAUUAUAAUUCUCACCGGGAUUGCCCUUCAGGAGUUUGUAUUUUGUCCACUUCAUGGUGUCAUUAGAGGACACUUGGGAGCCAGGCUUGGCCUUACUUUAAAGCUAAUGUCUUUAUCUCUUACUUAAGUCAGUAGGACUUGAAGAGAAAAUGUGAGAAGAUUGCAGGACCAAGAUUGUACUUGCUUCGGGAGCUGGAAAAAGAGAAUGAGGCAGUGGGUUUUCGAGCUGUCUCUUUAUGGUGAUGGAGAGGGGUGGCCGUGCAGCUGGGAUCCACGGGGAAGGUUGGAGCCCAGAACGAGGAUCCUGGAGCCACCUGUGGGCCACCCAAGUCCCUAUGCCAUGGUGCUCGGGGACACUACACUGCCUCACAGUCACCUGGGGUCAGGUCAUUUGUGUGCGUGGGCUUCUUUCAAGGGUGUCUGAGAAAGGAAAGAGAAGAGGUCUCUCCCAGGCGAUCGGGGCUAGCCCAGGUGUAUGCCCUAGAGGGAGGAAUCAGAACCCUAAAACUUGUCAAGCAAGAUUGGAAGUUCAGCUUUAAGAACUCAGCUUUGAGAGUGAAAUUAGCAGUGCAGGUGGUCUGGACCAUGAGUGACAGCACAGAAUCAUCCAGGGCACUGACUUUUGCCCAUGGUACAUUGCAGCAACCCCAUCCUUAGCACCUCUGCCUGGCAUUGCUUUGCUAGAGUCUGAAUCCCAGUGCUGAAGGGAACCUGACAGGUCAGGUCCUGCCCUACCAAAGAUAGCCAGUCUUUCUGAAAGCCUCCUGUCUGGGCCCACCCUCUCACCUGCUCAAUGACCAUUAUAUGACCCAGGACUUGGCCCUCUGUGCAGUUGUCUGUGCAGAACGGGACUAUCCUCUCCUGGCUCCCAGGGUUGGCACAGAUGGCCUUGGGGAGCAGAGUCUGGAGGUCAAAGCCAGGUCCUUCCCCAGAGACCCCCACAUACUUACGCAGCGUCUCAUUGAGGCUAACAGGGUGGCCCCUGGCUUCCGGAGGCUGAGAAAUUAGAUUCAGCUUCAGAUGGCAGCAGACAAAGGAGAGGAAGUGAAAUUUCCUGUCAUGACUGUUCAUGACUCUGGAUAGAGCUGUGGGGGCUUCCAGCCUCUUUAAUUUCAGAAGCUGCCAACUAGUCCUUGGGCUAGUAACCUCUCUGGAAUCCCGUCUACCAGCUGUCCCAGCAACGUUCCUCAAACAUGCUCCUUAACUCGCUUGCAAAGGUUUGGACCCACUACUUUUAAGGCAGGGCAAGGGCGCUAGUAACGCUAAUGUCCAGCUUCAGCUGAAUCGGCCCGGCUCUCCAGGGCCUUGACGCCACCUUCCUGCCCAGCACCCUGCAGGCCAAUGUAAAGCAGCCCUUCCCAUUCCCCUCAGCUCUGCCUGAGGGCACAGGUCAUUCAGAAACGACUCCCCGUCUGGGUCUGAGGGGCAAAGAUGCUGAUGUGUGAGGCUUCAAAGUCCAGACUUGUUUGGGGGCGGGGGGUGGGGGGUGGAUAAAGCUUCAUGAAUGUACUCCUAGGACUGACUCCUAGGAUUCAGCCUGGGCUUGGUGGAAGUCCAAUCUGCUCAUCUCGGGGUCACACGUGCGCCUGUGGGUGAUGCUGAGAGCACUACAAGUGUGGUCGUAUAUGCUCUUGCUCUCCAGUUAAGGACUUUAGGGGUUUUUGCUAUAAUUAUUUCCUCUGAGAAAACAAACAAACAAACAGUUUUUAAAUGAGCCAAACCUUCUCUUCUUUCAUUUUUAUGACAUGUACCUGGCCGCAGGCUGCUUCAUGCUAACUACCUACUCUUGCCUGGAGACUUGCUGCUCUGGGUUCCCAAGCAAGGACCACAAGCUUCAGAUGAACUGACGGAACCUUCCACUACCCACCAUUUAAUGCAGUGUUCUCCGGCAAGCCCGUGGAUUCACUGAGAAA